AUGGCGGCGCUGGACGGUCCAAAACUAGCCGCCGCCCGCGAACGCCCAACCGCCACUUCAUUUCCAUUCCCGCCCGCCCGCGCCCGUCCGCCCGCCCACGACCCUCCCGGCCGCCGCCGCCCCCCGCCAUCCGGCGCCGCCAUGGCCGAUGCCGAUGACCCCGUCGCCUUCUCCGCCGCCGCCACAGCCGGUGGGCUGACCCACGUGGCCGCCGCCGCUGCCAUCCCGCCCGCAUCCGCGGCCAUGCCCCCGCCCCCCGCCCGUCGGCCCGGAUUGGCGCCGCCCAGGCCGAUGGCCACCGCGCAGGCGACGAAGCCGACGAAGGGACGAGGAGGCAGCAUCAAACGGCCGGCCAACCGCAGCCGCAACCCGGCCGACAGUUCUACGCGGCCGGUGAAGGUCUCGAAGGCGGCCGUGGCGGCUCGGGGCGACGAGUCGCAGACGGCGCGGCCGGCGGCCUCCUCCAGCAGCCACACAUCCAUUCCUCCACCUCCCCCGCCGCCAUCGCCGGCCGUGGAGGAAGAUGUGGCCAUGCCGACGGCCACCGCCUCCAACAUGUUCGACGAAAUGUCGCAAAGUGUUGAUGAUGAAGCUUUCAUGCACGCAACAAAUGUGGCAAAUGAUGAUUACAUAUAUGAGUCACAAGAAUAUGAAACCCAAUAUGAUGAUGACAAUCUUGAUGUGGAUGAUGAGGGCUUCAUUGUCAAGGGAAGAAGUGGCAAUUAUAGCACCGCAGAGGAUGUGUUGAUAUGCACUGCUUGGAAGAAAAUCUCUCAAGAUGCAAGCGUUGGAAGCGACCAAACGAAAAUGAUUGCACAAGGAUUGUUUCGGGAGAGGAACAUGAAACGCGAGAAGAAGAAAAGGAAAGGAAAAGCUUUCACUUUUCAUCAUUGCUACAAAGAGCUCAAGGAUGUGGAGAAGUGGAAAACUAGAGAGACUUUUGAAUCAUCGAAGAAGAAGAGUGUGUUGGUUGUGGAUGAAGAAGAUGUCGCCAUUGAGGAGACGAGCCCCACUCCUCACUCCGCGACAAAAUCUUAUAGGCCCGAUGGAAACAAGAAAGCGAAGGGAACCAAGGCCGGAGACAAUGAUCUCAAGGAAGGAUUUGAUGCCAUUGUCAUGGCAAGGAAAGAGUAUGCCAGCGAGAAAAGAAUGUUGAAGCUCAAGGAAAUAGAGGAGAGGAGUGAGGCCGAGCGGCGAAGGGCGGCGGCCGAGGAGAAGAGGGCGGCAACCGAGGAGAGGUUGGCUGCGACCGAGGAAAGGAAGGUGGACCUAGAGGAGAAGAAGGCCGCGGCCGACGAGAGGAAGAUGGUAGAAGAGAGGACACUCAAGUUCAUGUUUAUGGACACAUCAACUCUUGAUGCCAAGGCAAAGGCAUAUGUUGAACUUUGUCGCGAUGAAAUGCUCAUGAAGAAGCAAAUGCUCAUGAGGCAAUGA